AUGCUAAGUGAACGAUACUACCACACAGCAUCCGUCCUUCCCAAUGGAAAUGUGUUAAUUAUUGGUGGAUAUUAUGGUGGUUAUCGAAAUACUGCUGAGUUCUAUGAUCUAUCAACAGGAACUUGGAAAUUUACUAGUAGCAUGAAAAAUGCAAGAUAUCGUCACACAGCAUCCAUUUUAAUGAAUGGAAAAGUGUUAGUAGCUGGAGGAUCUGACGGUCACAGUUAUCUAAACAGUGCAUUAUUGUAUGACCCGAUUACAGGAAAUUGGACCACCACUGGUAACAUGAGUAACUCUCGAAAUUCGCACACAGCAUCAUUAUUAACAAAUGGAAAAGUGCUAGUUACUGGUGGAAAUCAUCCUCUUGCUCUAAAUAGUUCUGAAUUAUAUGAUCCCGUAACAGGAACUUGGGCAACUACUGGCAGCAUGAAUUAUGCACGGUUUUAUCACACAGCAUCCGUAUUAACCAAUGGAAAAGUAUUAGUUACUGGUGGAUUGAAUGGUGAUGCUUUAAAUAGUGCUGAGUUAUAUGAUCCAUCCACAGAAACUUGGACGAUUACUGGUACAAUGAAUAGCGAACGAUAUUAUCACACAGCAUCUUUACUAGCAGAUGGAAAGGUGUUAGUUACUGGUGGAUAUUUUGCUGGCACUUUAAAUGAUGCUGAAUUGUAUGAUCCAUCGACAGAAACUUGGACCAUUGUUAGUAGAAUGAAAAAUGCACGAGAGGGACAUACAGCAUCCGUAUUAACAGAUGGAAAAGUGUUAGUAGCUGGUGGAAAGAACGGUAAUUAUGAUUACCUAAAUAGCUCGGAAUUGUAUGAUCCAUCAACAAGAACUUGGACAAUUACUUACCGCAUGAGUCGUGCACGAUGUUAUCAUACAGCGUCCGGGCUAACAAACGGAAAAGUAUUGGUUAGUGGUGGAUAUGACGGUGUGGCUCUGAUCGAUGCAGAACUAUAUUAG